AGUCUUCGCAAUGACUUCACGCCGAUAACGUUGGAAGGAUCCUCUCUUUUGCCUCGGUUGCGUAUAUCUCUUUUUUUUUUCGAAAUUUAACCGUUCUCACGUGAUCCUUCCUGUUGGAGGUGAUCACCACCCACACAAACGAUACGAUCGCAAGGAUUAUUUUUAAGCGAAAGGAUUCCUCUUAUUAUUAACCUUCAUCACCUCAACGUUAGUCCUUUCAUUGUUAAUGUGCGUGAAUCAAACCAAAAGUGCCAGAAAAAAUUCAAAAAAGUGAUUUUAUUAGUGAAAAAAAAAUUAAGAAAUAAAAAAAUGUGCCAAGAGUGGAAUUUGUGGCAGAGAGCCUGGCAAUGAAGUAGUGAUCGUGAGUGGAUAAGCACGUGGCACAUUCAAGGAUACAGAGAAAUAAAAGAAUGUGCAUCGUCGUGAAUUUGUGUAGUGAUUUGCAAGAGGAUUAGCAAGGAUUUUUGAAUGGAUUAACAGUUGUGUGUGCGCGCGCGCGGAAGGAUGAAUAGUGGGGCACGUGGUGUUGGACACGAUGAGGAGGCACUCGAUUGCCGGCAGAUGGCACGCGGGGGGGAUGGCGCCAAAAAUAAAAGGAAGAAUUUCUCACCAAAAUGCAGCCAAAUUGCCCCGCAGCAACUCACAAUUGCUGCCCUCACGAGUGACGAGGAGAAAUCCCCGUCGCCGUUGCCAUCGCAAUUUUGCUUGGUGUCCAAUGAGGAGGCAAAUACGUUGCCAUCUGUGGUGGCACCGGAAGUGGCAAAAUUUGAAUUUGCAAUGAAAACAAUGCAGGAACUUCUCAGUAUGUACGGAUUGAGUAUAUCACCGCGUGAUAUUGUUGAUGCCCUCAGCAAGGAGCCCCACUUUCGGCCUCAAACAGCAAGUGGACAUUUUUCGCAAUUGGAAUUACAACAACCCCCAACACCACCUGAAACCCCCAAUGCAACCCCAACGGGCUUUCAGCAACAACUAAGUGAUGGCCCCCCAACAGCACCUGAAGUUAUUAUUCCAGCACCAGCAUCCAUUGAACCCAUUGAACCCGCCAUUGAGGUUCUUCCGCAGCAACCAAAGACACUAGCUGUCGUUGAAAAGAAAAAAUCAGCAGUAGUUCCACCACCUGCAGCAACACCUCUUCUUGGGAAGUACCUGAAGAAGUUUGCCUCCUUCCUGGAAUGUGGUAGUGAACGGUGUCAAGCUGAAAAUGCUCGUGAUCACUACCAUUGCUUCGAUACGCACUGCCAUGGGCGAUGCCUGAGUAAGAAGGAGGAGAUUAUAAGGCACGUCAAGUGGCAUAAGAAGCGCUCUGAAAGCCUAACUCAUGGUUUCUUGCGAUUCUCCGCAACAGACGAUUGUGCAGCACACUUUGGCACCGCGUGCACGCACAAUCGCAAGCAGACCCACUACCACUGCUUGCGGGCAAACUGCGACAAGGUGUACAUAAGUACGAGUGAUGUGCAAAUGCACUCCAACUACCACAGGAAGGAUUCAGUUAUCUUCCAGGAAGGCUCCCUUCUGUCGUGUAGAUUUCAACGUUUUCGCGCCACGGAGGAAUGCAAUACGGACUAUUGUGCCUUUUCACGGCAACGCACAACACACUUCCACUGUCGUCGUAGCAACUGCAGGUACACAUUUAAGAAUAAAGCCGACAUGGAGAAGCACAAGACGUACCACAUAAAAGAUGAGCAACUAACACGCGAUGGCUUCAAGAAGUUCCUCAAGACCGAAGCGUGCACCUUCCCCGCGUGUCGCUUCUCAAAAGUUGCCAAUCACAUUCACUGCACACGUGAAAACUGCUCGUAUGUACUGCACUCAAGUGGGCAGUUGAUAAGUCACAAGAGGAAGCACGAACGGCUUGAUAGUGAAGUUACCUUUCGGAGAUUGAAGGAAGACGAUGGGGCAGUGGAACCACCUCAGGAGGACUUUGAGCAACUUAUGCGGGUGUGUACGGUUACAGCGUGUCGUGGGGAUGCGGAUGAGCCGUUAAAUUUGAAAAAUGACGCCGUUCCAGCGGCUCAUUUUCACUGUGCCUGCGGUGCAACUGUUGACAACAAUUCAAGCGACAUUGCAACACAUAUGCGGACACAUGAGGAAACUCCUGCAGACAGCAAUCUACUGCAGAUCACAUCAAUUGAUGGUUUCUUCAAUAGGAAACGUGGAAGACCACCGAAGAAUCGUGUUGUUGAAGUGUACAACAGUGUAAAUGUGGCUCAAUCGCCUCAGGCUAUUUUCACGUCGUUUAAACUUGAGAAAGCAAGCCGAAGGCCUGAUGAGCAGCAACCUCCGGAUGUUCCAGCAGCGCAUGUUGAUCCACAAUUUGAAUUUUUCGAUCAAACAACAGACUGUCUCUUUGUAGGGUGUGUCAAUAGGAAGCUUCUUCAUCAUUUUCACUGCACAAAAUGUACAUUUUCUUUCGUAUCUCCGGCUCAUGCUCAGACGCAUAUUUGUGACAAUGGCUUCAGACCAAGGAGGCAGUCUUCAUCUUCUUCAGCCUCGUGUGGUUCAACAAUUUCCUCAGUAGCCUCUUCUGCUCUACCAUUGAAGAGAGAAAUUGAAGAAGCAACCACAUCGCGUGAAGAAGAUGAGAGAAUCAGUGUUGUUAGAGCAGCUGGUACGUUCUUCCCUGAAAAUUCAGACAGUAGUGAUCCGAGUGAAGCAAAAGCAGGGAAUGAUAUAAAUGUAACAUCCUGCAAUCGUCCUUUCUGCAAGCUAAAGAAAAAGGUUCACUACCACUGUGAUUUCUGCAAUCAGGCCUUCUCAGAGGAGUCCCGACUAAAUUUCCACAUGAUGAAGCAUCAAAUGGCGCGGAGGGUGGAUGAUGAGAGCAAUGCAGCCGCACCAUUGGCAAUGAGUCAGCUUGCACUGUAUCCGCAUUCGUUGAUGUACAAAAAUUUCUACCCAUUCCUCGAAAUGGCCCUUCCGCAUCAAGAUGAUGGCCCAUCGACAUCACUGGGCUUGCGUGCGGGACCACCGUUGAAGCAACCACGCCUGGAGGAUGAUGUGACGAAGAGUUGCCGGAUGUUUAAGGAUGAACCAAUCCCGCAGGGUUACCUGAAGUUUCGCUUCAAUGAGGAUUGCAAAUUCACAAAUUGCGGCUACAGGAAUCACCAAUCGCACUUCCACUGUUGCCGCCAUGACUGCUUCUACAGCUUCUGUGACAAGACGCGUUUUGUGCAGCACACAGCUCGGCAUGAACGGCUCGAUAAGCUCAUGGGGGAUGAUUUUAAGCAGUACCGUGCUAAUAUGAAGUGUGGCUACGACAACUGCGCCUACAGCAAGGCAACAGGAACUAGCAACAAAUCUUCCCAUUUUCAUUGCCUCAAAUGCGAUUUUAUCUGUUCAGAUACAAAUAAGGUUGUUGCCCAUCGGAGGCAGCACACCAAGCUUGAGUACAUCAGGCUAGCAGGCUUCCGAAAGGUCAGUAACAGUGAGAACUGUAUGACUCAGGAAGCAGAUGGGGCAGCAUGUAGCUACAGUGGUAGACAAACCCACUAUCAUUGCUUGGUAUGCAACUGUAGUGUUCUAAGUCGGGCUCAAUUAACAUCCCACAGACACCGGGAAUAGGAAGGAGGAGCUACAGGAGCAUAAGCCAAGAGGCUCGCGUGAUUUAAAAAAAAGUGAAAGAAUAACGAAAAAAGACAGUAUAUUGGCUGAAAGAAAAAAUACUCCGACUAGGUGCCAAAAUACCCAAGUGUCCAUAAAAAAGAAGAAUUUUAAAAGAAAUAAAAAACGUAAAUAAAUUUUCUAGAAUUUAGUUAGUUCACAUAGGUUAUGAAGAGUAAUUUAUUGAAAAAGAAAUAUUUUUUUCUGAAAAAUUUUUAGCUUUUAAGUAUUUGUUUUAAAAUGAAAAAAAGACAAGAAAGAAAAGACAUCAACUUGCUCCACAGUUCUUUUUUUUGCUAAUUAGCACGCAGUUUAAUGAGAAGAAAGUUAGUCACAAAGCAGCCAAGUGCCAUAAUAUUUCAGUGCCAGAACCAGAUAGUUUUGCAAACCCAGUUUUAAAUUAAAAGAAAACGUUAAUUUUUAAAUAAUUAAAAAAAAUGUACAAAAUAUGUAAACUCCUUUUGACUUUUUUGUGAGAUAAUUUACGGAGCAAAGUAUAUAAAUAAAUAUUGUAUUGAGACAAUAAAAAUCUACAGAUAUUC